GUGCGGUGCGUGGUGUUGAUACUCUGUUUUCGGUCGCGAAGUGUUUUAAAUAAAUAAUAUGAUUCAUCGUUUUUAAAUCGUUCGACAAUUUAUUUUUAUAUUAAGCAGUGAACAUGGAAUGCUUUUGGUCCGAUCCAUCUGAACAUCCACAGUGUCCACAUGGACCAACAUUAUUAUUUGGUACAUAUGAGAACGGCAAGUUGGAAAAGUUCUACGUAUGUGCCGCCUGUCGUGAGAAAAAAUUGUGCAAGUUUCGCUUGAAAGAAGGAGAAAAACUGACGAAGCAACAGACGGCCAAAUGGGAACAAGAAAGAAAACAGUUUGCCAAUCGUUAUCAUCACAGAAUGUUAUAUGUACAAUUCAAUAAAAUGAUGUCUUUGCCGCCGGAAAAAAGGUGUUACUGUCAAACUUGUGAAGUAUUAUUACAUCUUGAUGAUAAAGACAAACACAAAGAUCAUAGUAUAAAGGAAAAUGUCACAGACUAUCGGAUGAAACAUCCAACAGAAAUUUUAAAACCCUUAGAAAACUCGAGACAAGAAGCUCAAUACUUUUUUUCAAAAAAGUCAACAGAAGAGAUAACAAACAUAUUAGUAAAACUUGGUGCAAAGCAAGUUAUUUGCAUUGGCACACCAAAAAUACAUGAACAUAUUUUAGAUAAACAUGAGGAAAAAAUGUCUUCCCUUUUAUUAGAUCUUGAUGGAAGAUUUCAUAAUUUCUUUGGUCCAUUAAGUUAUUGUUGGUACAAUGUAUUAAACAACUAUUUUUUCAAUAAAAAUGCUAUAUAUGUGUUUAAAGACUUUUUAACACAAAAUGGAGGAAAAGACACAUACUUAAUAUGUGAUCCACCAUUUGGUAGUCGAAUGGAACCAAUGUCAUGGACUAUGAAGAGAAUUUCUGAUCUCCACAAAAAGUGGAAUAACAUAGAAGAUGAAAAUGAUUGUUUGAAAAUUAUGUUUGUAUUUCCGUAUUUUAUGGAAUCCAUAAUAAAGCAAAAAAGUAAUCCACCUGGUAUAUCUGGAGGUUUGAAAGAUUUGAAAAUGACAGAUUACAAAGUAUCUUAUGAUAACCAUUCCUUAUUUGUUGUGGAACCUAAGGCUAAUAAGCUUCCCUCUCCUAUUAGAAUUUUUACAAAUGUACCAUUACAUUUGGUAGAUCUUUCUGAUGUAAAUGGUUACAAAUAUUGUAAGAAAUGUAAGAAAUGGGUUUCCCCAGAGAAUAAACAUUGUAAGAAAUGCAAAGAAUGUACCUCCAAAAAUGGUUUGACGUAUAAACACUGCAAUGUGUGCAAAAGAUGCGUGAAACCGAAUUGGGAACAUUGUAAAACUUGUAAAAGAUGUGCCACACGGAAACAUGAGUGUGGUCGGAAACCAAAAGUUAGCGGAAGGUGCUUCAAAUGUAAUGAAUUUGGACAUGCUGAGAAAGAAUGUAAUGUUGAUCAGGAUAGUCUUGAAGACGUAACAAAAACCAAAAAAAUUAAGAAACGCAAGGCUAGUAACGACAAAGAAACAAUUAUCAAGAAGAAAAAGAGGAAAGUAGAUAAUUCAGUAAAAGAUAACGCUAAGACUGAAAGUGAAAGUUCUAAAAAAACCUCGAUUGUUAGGAAGUCUAAAAAAAUAAAUUUACAUGCUGUAUCAAAUGGUAUCACAAAUACGAAGAGAAAAGUGAAGAGGCAAAAAAUCUAA